AUGAUAUCAACUGACACUGCGACAACGCAGCCAGAGACGGCAGAUCCUGGUGUAAGCAACGUUGUCGUCCCACCCGCUGAUGUGACCAGGUUUUCUUUCCUGCGGCGGUUCCACUUUAACGAGUUUAAGUCCGCCGUGAUUGUGGAAUUUAUAGGAACCUUUCUUUUGGUGCUUACCGUUCCACUUAGCAGCAUCAACAACCCCGAGAUGGCGCCGUUUUCCGUCGGCUUUCUGCUCAUGUCGCUGGUGUUUUCCUUUGGGUACAUGAGCGGAGGACACCUUAAUCCGAUGGUAUCCUUUGCUGUAUUUCUUAGUAGCGCCAAGUUUGGAAAGACCCGCAUGCUCUUUUACUUUAUUGCACAGAUGCUUGGUGGGGUGGCCGCUGCUUUCUACUGCGUUUUGAUUCACGGGAAUGAGUUUCCCGUACCGAAUAUGGGAUUGAACUUUGUGCAAAUGUUGCGGGCCUUUUUGGCUGAAAGCGUCUUUACUUUUGUCUUAACAUCUGUCGUUCUGCACGUUGCUGUGAGCAAGCAACGCAACAAUAAUUUUUACGGUUUUGCUAUAGGCUCUGCCGUACUUGUGGGUGGGUUGACGUGUGGUUCAAUUUCGGGUGGGGCCUUUAACCCCGCUGUUGCCACCGCCUUGAUAGUUGUUCGUUGCUUUGUGUCCUUCUCCGAGUCAGGUUGUACCCCGAUGGCAUCGCUGUGGGUGUAUUGGGCCUCUGAAGCGGUGGGGUCGAUCGUCGGCACCAUUUUGUACCUCGCGGUGCAGAAUGUGGAGGAGCACUUCUGA